AUGUCAACAGAAGAGAAUCUGGGCAAUGUGUUAAAAGAAGUGGACAUGUUACGAUCUUCGGUGAUGGACUUAAAGGACACAGUCAUUCGACAUCAAAGACUUAAUGAAGGAGAAGAAAUUCAGAGCAAUAUAGUGACGGAGAGUUCGCACUCCAACGCCUCUACCGUAUCUAGUGUCAGAGAGACAUCCAAAGAAAGGAAGAACAGGAAAUUGUCGACAAUUCAUACGAGGAGGCAAAUUGAGGAAAUCGUUGCAUUUUAUGCUUACUUGUCAUCUGAUCUUCAACCCGGAAUACACCAUACCAUUCCAUUUGAUGUGGCGAUAACUAAUGCUGGAAACGGUUACCACCACAGUACCGGUGUGUUCGUUGCCCCCGAAAGUGGACUUUAUGUAUUUACGUGGACCAUUCGAAUGACUCACGAGUCAGCGCACUCAAUGGAACUUGUAGUUAAUAAUAUGGUAUAUGGUGCUACAUUUAUGCGCACCCACACCCCGGAAGACCAAAAUGUUAGCGGAACGGUCGUCGUGCAUGUCAACCGAAAUGAUGACGUAUACGUUCGAACUCACCAAACGUAUGCUUAUAAUGCAGGAAAUAUCCGCAGUGAUGAAUUUAGCAGAUCCACAUUUGCAGGCUGGAAGCUGAACUAA